CGUUGAGUGCGUGAGGCGGCGGCGCACACCUAGGCCUUUCUCCUCACCACCACUCCAACACCCACCAUGCCGCCCCGUCGCGCCGCUGCGGCAACAUCGCGCACUCGUGCUGCGCGCCCGUCGAACUCGGACGAGGAGGAGGCAGCCCCGGCGCGGAGCACGCGCGCCGCCCGGCCAGCCGCCGCGGCCACGCGCCGCGCCAAGAAGGUGGUCGAGAGCGACAGCGACGACGAGGAGGAGGCAGACGAGCAGGACGAUGAGGAGACGUUCCGGGAGGAGGAGUCUGCUCCGCGGGCCAAGAAGGCGGCCGCCGUACGGGCACCGCGGAGAGCGCCAGUCAGCGCAGCACGGGCGCGGGACGGCGUGACGCCGACGCCCGACGCGGCCGGCAGCCCGCACACGCCGACCGCAUCGCUGCCUGUCGCAGCGCCCCGUGCGGCCAGCUCGGUCGCAGCUGGGCCCAAGACGCCCGAGAAUGCGCCUCCGGCCGCGGCCUCGCAGCGUGCGGCGCAGCCCAGCGGCUCGCGGGUGCCGUCGGGCUCGCGUGUGCCCUCCUCAUCGCAGAGGAUCCCGUCCGGCUCGUCACAGUACUCGUCUGCCAGUCAGGGCUACCGCUCAGCACCUGGCGGAGUGCCGCAGACACCACGCGUGCCCUCUACGCCGCGCACAGUUGCUGGCACGCCGUUCUCGGUGGCGCGCACGCCCGCGCCCGUGGUCGUCGAGGCGCCCAAGACGCGCCUGGUCAUCCACAAGAUGGUGCUCAAGGACUUCAAGUCCUACGGCGGCUCGCAGACGAUCGGCCCGUUCCACAAGAGCUUCUCUGCUGUGGUCGGGCCGAACGGCUCGGGCAAGUCGAACGUGAUCGACGCGAUGCUCUUCGUGUUUGGCUGGCGCGCCAACAAGAUGAGACAGGGCAAGCUCAGCGAGCUCAUCCACCACAGCGAGGGCAGAGACAACCUGCCGAGCUGCACAGUGGAGGUCUGGUUCCGCGAGAUCGUCGACUUGCCCGGUCCGGACGCCUACAAGGUCGUGCCGGGCAGCAAGCUUGUCGUGUCGCGCACGGCGUACCGCAACAACUCGUCGGUCUACUCGCUCAACAACUCAAAGAGCACCUUCACCGAAGUGCGCAACCUGCUGCGCGCGCGCGGCAUCGACCUCGACCACAAGCGCUUCCUCAUUCUGCAGGGCGAGGUCGAGAGCAUCGCGCAGAUGCCGCCCAAGGCCAAGACGGAGCACGACGAGGGCCUGCUGGAGUACCUCGAGGACAUCAUUGGCACGAGCGAGUUCAAGACGCCGAUCGACGAGGCAGCGGCCAAGGUCGACGCCGCCAACGAGGUGCGCGCCGAGCGCCUCGGCCGGCUCAAGAUCACGCAGCGCGAGAAGGAGAGCCUCGAGUCGAAGAAGCGCGAGGCCGAGGAGUUCCUGCGCAACCAGAACGAGCUGACGCAGCGCCAGUCGGCACUCUGGCAAGUGUACAUGCUCGAAUGCCGCGACCAGCUGUCGGUAGCGACAUCAGCCAUCGAGAAGAUCGAGGCACGGCGCGCUGAGGAGGCAGAGAAGCACGCCGGCUCCAAGGCUGAGAUUGACGCGCUCGAGGCAGAGCACGCAGAGAUGCUCCGCGAGUACGAUGAGAUCGCCAAGGACACCGCCAAGGUGGUCAAGGAGCUCGCGCGCCUUGAGAAGGAGGACGUGCAGCUGCAGGAGAAGCGCAAGCAUCUCGACGCGAAGAAGAAGAAGCUCGUCAAGAGCCUCAGCGAUGACAAACACGCGAUCUCUGCAGCCCGCUCGACCGCGGUCGACUCCCAGGAGGAGAUCGAGAAGGUCACGGCCGAGGUCGAGGCGCUCGAGGCGUCUCUCGAGAAGCAAGAGGCCGAACUCGACGCGAUCCGCGAGUCUCUGAAGGGCAAGACCGAGGGCUUGAGCGCCGCCAUCGAGAAGAAGCAGCGCGAGCUGCAGCCCUGGGCCGCCAAGAUCUCGGAGCGGCAGAAGGCACGCGACGUGGCGACCGAGGAGCGCAAGCUGCUCAACGAGCGCGCCGGCCAGGCCGUCAAGGAGGCCGAAGACGCGCAACAGGCUCUGGCAGAGCUGGACGCAAACAACGCUGCCAAGCGUGACGAGCUCGAAAGCCUCGAGAAGGAGAAGCACGAACUGUCGAAGAAGCUGCUGCGCGGCGAGAAGCAGGUCGACGGCAUGGUUGCGCAGGAGACGGAGCUGCGCAGCAAGGCUCGCUCUGCGCGGACCAAGGCGGACGAGGCAAAGUCCUCGGCCACCUCGAACCGGUCGCGCGGCGAGGUGCUCAAUGCACUCACACGCCAGGCGGACCUCGGCAUGCUCAGGGGCUUCCACGGCCGCCUGGGCAACCUCGGCGUCAUCGACGACCAGUACGACGUCGCGAUCAGCACUGCCUGCCCUGGCCUGGACAAUCUCGUCGUCGAGGGCGUCGAGACCGGCCAAGCAUGCAUCGAGCAUCUGCGCCGCAACAACCUCGGCCGGGCGAACUUCAUCCUUCUCAACAGCCUGCCCAAGUCGAGCAUGGCGCCGAUCCAGACGCCGGAGAAUGUGCCGCGCCUCUUCGACCUCGUCAAGCCCAAGGAUGCCCGCUUCGCCGCGGCCUUCUACCACCAGCUGCGCGACACCCUCGUUGCGCGCGACCUCGCGCACGCCAACCGCAUUGCAUACGGCGCCCAGCGCUGGCGAGUCGUGACGCUCGAUGGCCAGCUCAUCGACAAGAGCGGCACAAUGUCUGGCGGUGGUGCGCGUGUCGCCCGCGGUGCGAUGAGCUCCACGUUCGCAGCCGACGACGUGACGCCGGAGCAAGUCGUGCGCCUGGAGAAGGAGCGCGACGCGGCCGAGGAGGCACUUCGCAGCCACUCUCAGGCACUGCAGGAGAUGCAGGCCCUGCUCGAGUCGCAGCGUCAGCGCGUGCCGCAAAUUGAGGUCGAGCUGGAGAAGGUCGCGAUGGACCUCGGCAUUGGCGAGCGCCGUGUGCAGGAGGCUAAGAAGCGGGUCGCAGAGCUGCAGUCCGCAAGCGGCCCAGACGAUGCCGAUGCCGACCGCAUCGAGGAGCUCGACGUGCAGCUCGAGGCGCUGGACGAGGAGCUUGAGAAGCUCAGCGAGAAGUCGUCGGCGAUCGAGUCGGACAUCGAGGCGCUGCAGGAGAAGAUUCUCGAGGCCGGUGGUGUCCGUCUGCGCACGCAGAAGAGCAAGGUUGAUGGCAUCAAGGAGAUGAUCGAGCUGGGCAGCGAGCGGACGACCAAGGCCGAGGUGGCCAAGGCCAAGGCUGAGAAGGACAUCACGAAGCUCGAGAAGGCCAUCGCCACGAACACCGCGUCCCUCGAGGGCAUGGAGGAUGAGCUUGCUGAGCUGCUCGAGUCCAUCCGCUCCCGGUCUGCGACCCUCGAGAGCGAGCGGAGCAAGGUCGAGGAGGCGCAGGAGGCCAUGGAGGCCAAGCGCGAGGCCAAGGACGAGGUCAAGUCGCAGCUCGACUCGCACGCUGGGUCGGCAAAUGCCUUCCGCAAGCUUGAAAUGGAGCUCAAGCAGAAGCUCGACGACAAUCAGCGCGCGCUCGCUGACAACGAGAAGCGACUGCAGCACUGGCAGGACAAGCACGUCCAGCUGCGCCUGCACCGCAUCGAGUCUGAUCUCGAGGAGGAGGAGGGCGAGGAGGGCAGCAAGGCUGCCUCGCCUGCCCCGGCCGUUGAGGACGAGGCCGACAGCACUGUCGGUGGGCCAGGGAACGACGCCAAGCCUCGCUCCGGCAAGAAGAGCCGCGAGGGCUCAGCCGAUGCCGAGGAGAGCGAUGACGAUGUGGACGAAGACCUGGCUCUGCAAGAGUAUCCGCCCGACGAGCUGCGUGGCAUCGACAAGGAGGGCAUCAAGGCCGAGAUCGUCCUGUACGAAGAGCAAGUGCAGAAGGGCAUGGGCAACGUCGCCGUGCUCGAGGAGUACCGCAAGCGCGAGCUCGAGUUCGCUUCGCGUGCCCGCGACCUCGAGGAGACGACUGCGGCGCGCGACGAGGCAAAGCGCGUGCACGACGACCUGCGCAAGCAGCGCCUCGAGGCAUUCAUGGCCGGCUUCAGCCUCAUCUCGGCCAAGCUCAAGGAGAUGUACCAGACGAUCACGCUGGGCGGCAACGCUGAGUUGGAGCUUGUCGACAGCAUGGACCCGUUCAGCGAGGGCAUCCUGUUCAGCGUCAUGCCGCCCAAGAAGAGCUGGAAGCACAUCUCGAACCUGUCCGGCGGCGAGAAGACGCUCAGCUCGCUGGCGCUCGUCUUUGCGCUGCACGCCUUUGCGCCGACGCCGCUGUACGUGCUCGACGAGGUGGAUGCGGCGCUCGACUUCAAGAACGUCUCGGUCAUCUCGUCGAUCGUCGCCUCGCGCAGCUCCUCGGGCGCCAACCCGGCGCAAUUCGUCGUCAUCAGCCACCGCAACGACAUGUUCGAGCGCAGCCAGCGCCUCUGCGGUGUCUGGAAGACGAGCGGCCGCAGCCGCUCACUGGCCAUCGACAACUCGGACAUGCACGCGCCGCCGUUGCCGCCGCCAGGCUCGGUGGCCAGCACGCCGGGCAUGCGCCGCUCGGCCGUGCCCGGCUCGGCCAUGUCCUCCAAGAUGGUCGACAUGCGUGGAGCUGGCCGGGCGUCCACGGCCACUCUCGUGCCAGCCACGCCGCUGAGCAUGCGGCAACGGCAGAUCACGGGCUAGCCGCAGCGCUGGCCGGAUGUCGCGUGCCUCCUCUUCCUCCCUGCUCUGGACCCGUCGCUGCUUCCUCUGUAUUCUGCGCCUCUGUACGAUGUGUAAUGUGGAUCGUGGUA